GCGGAUGUUGUUCUCUCGGAGCGGAUCACGGCCGGCAACAUGGCUUCCAGCGACAGGAGUCUUGGCGGCGCCUUCGACCACCACGUUCAGAAAGCUGUGUGCGACUCGCGGGCCAAAUAUCGAGAGGGCCGACGUCCUCGCGCGGUCAAGGUAUAUACAAUCAAUUUGGAAUCUCGAUACUUAUUAAUCCAAGGCGUUCCUGCAGUGGGAGCAAUGAAGGAUUUAGUCGAGCGAUUUGCUCUGUAUGGUGCAAUUGAACAAUAUAAUGCUCUAGAUGAAUACCCAGCAGAGGAGUUUACAGAAGUGUACCUUAUUAAGUUUAUGAAGUUACAAAGCGCAAGGAUAGCCAAGAGAAAAAUGGAUGAACAGAGUUUCUUUGGUGGAUUGCUUCAUGUGUGCUAUGCUCCAGAAUUUGAAACAGUUGAAGAAACAAGAAAAAAAUUAGAAGAAAGAAAGGUUUAUAUAACAAGAAAUAAUAAAAAUAAAGAUUAUUCUAUGACAAAGAAGAAAUUGCUCCCAGAGCUUAAAGACACCAAAGACUUUAGACAAGAUGUCCACUCAGACAUGUCUGGACUUGGUGCAGCUACUUUGAACACUUUUACUGGGAACUCAGGUUCUUGUCUUCCUUACUCUUGUGAACUGCCUUUAUGUUAUUUCGCCUCAGAAUACACGUGUUCAUCUGGGGAAUAUGCUAAUACACCAUCAGACUCCUGUAGAGACUGUAGAUACCAUGUUGAAACCAAGAAGCACCUUAGUCAUAGUGACUUUUCCCUGAAGUCACAGACAAACACUUCUCAGAAUUCAGUACUCUGUCCUGGUGUGCAGAAGGCCGUUACUUCAGAGGCGAUUGAAAGAUUCAUGCCCAGAACAACACAGCUACAAGAACGGAAAAGAAGGAGGGAAGAUGAUUGUAAACUUGGAACUGUUCUUGAAACCAGCACAAGUAGUGUUGAAGUUGUAAUUGGGCCUCAGUUACCAGACAUACCCAAGGUGGAUCUGCAGGAUGACUCCUUGAAUACAACAGCAAACUUAAUUCGCAAGAAACUUAAAGAGGUAAUUUCAUCUGUGCCAAAGCCCCUAGAGGACAGAUUGGAAGAUGUGCAUACAAGUCAUCCAUUAAAACAAAGACGAAGAAUAUAGAUUUCUGGAAGUCUGUCAGUUUUUUCUGGAGAUUAAUACUUAUUUUUAACCUACUUUACAUUUUUUGAAAGAUUUUGCUGCUGAUGUUUUUAAUUUUAUUCAAACUGUUUGUCACAUAUGUUUCUAUUCUUUUCCAAUUCAUGUUGAGUAUUACAGAAACUAUUCUUUUUGCAUAAUGUUAUUUCUCCACUUUUGGCAUCAGGGGAACUGAACCCAGGCCACUGGCAGGCUUUAACUGCUGAGUUAUCUCCUCAGCCCCCAUUGCAAUAUUUCUCACUUACAGUAACUAUACGUGUAUUAAUGAAAGUAAAAACAAAGAACAAAACAAAAAGUACCAAUAAAGAUAGGCAAAUAA